UCCACCUGGAAGCACACCACCACGUCUUGAUGCGCGAAGUUUUCCUACGUAAAAUCGCCCCUUUGGAGACAAAUGAAAGCAUGUUUUACUGGAAGGACAGCUCCGAGAGUGUGGAGGAAAUGUCUAAAUGCGACAUCCUGAGAGGCAUCGUGACGGAGAAGCUGAGCACCGCGCUGCAGGAGAUCCUGGCGGUGUUACAGAGAACUGUGUCCGGGUACGAGGAGGAGGCCUCGGGCCUGAGGAGGGAGAUCGGCCAGCAGAACAUCCAGCUGGAGCUCCUGAAGCCCCGGAUCAAUCUGCAGAGGAGAGCUCUGGUUCCAGAUGCUGAAGACCAUGUGGUGGUUUCCAGUGAAGAAGAAGAGGAGCAGCAGCCAGGUGAAUCUAAGACCGAGCAGGACACGGGGAGCCUCGGGAUGCUGUGGUACGACGAUGAUGAUGAAGAGGAAGAGCAGCCGAAGCCAGAUCCCAAAGACCCCGAUUUUCAAAUAACACCGAGGCCGAUUCCCCCCCGAGCGUCUGACAGGCCUCAGAGAGAAGUCCUCAUCAGGGUCUGCAUCCUGGAGGACGCCCGCACCCUCGCUCUCUCCAACACCGUGGGCCCGGUGCAGGAGGUGUGUUUCCCCCGCGGUCUCUCGGAGGAACAGUUCCUGCUUCUUCUUCGCUCCACGUUUCCUCGGCUGACGGACGACUUCGAGUUCUUCACCUCCGACCGCACGAAGACGCUGAAGCCGCUGCAGGUGGACUCUCUGACGCCGGAGAAGAUCAGCAGCAGAAUCCGAUCCUCCAACCUCUACAUCCGCCUCAAGAACAGAGAGGAUUCUGGGAGCCUUGAAUCUGUCGGUCCUCGUCAGAAAGGAGCGUCUCCGUCGGGCUCCGUCACCUCAUCAGCUGACGAGACAGAAGCGUACAGCAGGUUGUCGCCGCCCAGAGUUCAGACUGCCAGGCGCAGGAGAGGCAGACCCCCCCUGGAGAAGAAGCAAACCGACAACCUCCUCCUGAGAGUCUGCAUGCUGGGAACCUGCCGCUCAGACGUGCUGUCAAACAAAGUGUUUCAGAAGCACCCGGUGAAGGAGCUGUGUUUCCCCCGCGGUCUCUCAGAGGAAGACUUCCUGCUUCUCCUCCGCUCCUCUUUCCCUCGCCUGACGGACAGCAGCCGACUCGAGUUCCUCCAGACGGACCGGAGCCGCCGGCUGCAGAGGAUCCGCCUGGAGAGACUGACUCCAGAGGAGGUCCUGAGGACCAGGAGCAGCGGGGGGGAGAAGACCCUCCUCUACCUCCGUCUCAAGAAAGGAGCGGAGGAAGAGGAGGAGGAUGAAGAAGAGGAUGAGGAGGAGGAUGAGGAAGAAGAGGAGCGCCACCUUUCAAAUGAUGUGGUGAUCAAAUCUGACGAAACCGAGCUCAGUUCAAGUCCUGUCCAGCAUGCAGACCCGUGCAGCAGCAACACACCACAGGAACAGGAAGUAGAGACACAGGAAGCGGCAGAAUCCAGCGAUGACGAAAUGGCAAAAGAGGCGUCGGACGGAGACUGGAAACCCGACGCUGAGACGAGGCCAAGCGUCGCUAAGAGAGGGACGUUUGGGGGUAAACAUCUGUGUAAAGUGUGCGGCAUUUCAUACAUUCUCCUUGGAAGCCUCGUCAAACACGCCUGGAGUCACGUGGGCGAAGAAGAAGCGCCGUGCGUCUGUGGAGUCUGUGGCGACCUCUUCGAAACCUCCGAGGAAUUAAAGUCUCAUCUGAAAAACAAAUACAAAAAGACCCACGAGUGCUCGUUCUGCAGGAAGUCCUUCCUCACCGUCACCGGGCUGAAGCGCCACGUCACGCUGCACACGGGCGACCGGCCAUUUAAAUGCGACGUCUGCGGGAAAGCCUUUGCACACGCCUCCAAUUUAAGCAUCCACAGAUGGGUGCAUCGAGAAGAGAAACCCUACAAAUGCGACGUGUGUCCGAAGGCGUUUGGAUUAAAGGGGUCGCUUCAGGCUCACAGACGGCUUCACGGCAAGAGAGAGCGUUUCAUCUGCAACGUUUGUGGGAAAUCGUUAUUCGACAUGAGAUCGUUAACCAGACACAAAUCCACGCAUUCUGGCGAGCGUCGAUACGGCUGUGAGAUCUGCGGGAAGCGUUUCAAACUCCCGGGAACUCUGAGAUCUCACAAGAAAACCCACACGGUGCGCGAGAAAACGUUCCUCUGCCACAUCUGCUGUAAGACUUUCGUGACCCACGGCGGUUUGAAGAUGCACCUGAAUAUGCACUCAGGCGAGCGGCCGUUUCCGUGCUCCGUCUGCGGUAAAGGGUUCAUGUCUAACAGCUAUAGAAAAUCGCACAUGCGAACUCACACGAACGAGGCGCCGUACGAGUGUAAGGAGUGCGGACGCUUCUUUAAACGCAAGACGCAUCUGAAUAAUCACGUGAGGGGCCACCUGGGCAUCAAGCUGUUCGUGUGCAGCAUCUGCGGGAAGGCGUGUUCGCGGCAGGAACACCUGACCGUUCACAUGAGGACGCACAACGGAGAGAGACCCUACCAAUGCACCGUCUGCGCGAAAGCCUUCACUCAGAGCCACUGCCUGAAGACGCACAUGAAGAGCCACCGCCAAGGAGACGAGGGGUUCCUGAACGCAACGUGAAAAACUGAGAACCAACGUCAAUCUGAGCAGUUUUUGAAAAAUGUCCGUCCGUCUUACAGAGUCCAAGCUGAUGGAUAUCAAACAGAGAAAAUAACCACAUCUCAAGAUAAGAGACAAAAAAACAUUUAAAGUGUUUAAAUGUAAACACAUUUUUUUUUUAAAUCAUGUAGCAUUUAAACUGAAAACCAAUUCAACUUGGAAAAUAAAUGCUUUGUAAAAGAAAACUCAAGAUAAAGUGAGUAAAGGUAUUUUCUCUGUUAAAAAGAUAUUAGCCAGAGAAAUUAGGAAUUUAGAAACACAUUUUUAUUUCUACAAAUGUUCUACUAUUUUCUAUAAACCAGAAAAAUGUUUUUAGUGUAGGAGUUUAUUGCGAGUUCAAUAAGAAACAGUUUGCAUUGUAUAAACACUUUUAAUUUAAAGACCAUCAAAGCUCUCUGUGUUGUAUUUACAGCUCAUGUAACGUUCACUGUUCACCGUGAACUCCUGUUAAAGUUGUCUUACAUGUUUACUUCUUGUAGCGUUAAAUAAGUUAGUAUAAUAUUCUCACCAUGUGUGUUGCAUUCAGGGCAAGUGGGAAAUCGGAUGUUGUAUCAAAACAACAGUUUAAAUAGGCAUCUAUCCGCAUUUCUAUACAUGUUUAGUUAAAGUGAUGGACGUCAAUCAAAACACUUCGAAAUCCCACGUGUUCCUGAAUGCAGCAUGGUGCCUUAAAGUGCAUGUUUUGCAUGUUUUAGAUAUUACUCAAAUAUUUACCGUACAUAUGUUACUUCUGUAGCUAGUUGUAUUCUGUUAAAUAAUGUGUGACCAAAAUAAAUAGAAGAAAAUUUCC